AUGUUACUUAUAAUUUGGCCUGCGGUGCCACCGACGAUCUGGUGGACUGGCCAUAGGGUGGACAAAAGGUCCGCCCCUAAGAUAACCAACAAGAACCCGUUCGCAGCGGCCGCGUCAUCGUUAACACCGUCGGCCGACGGCCGGUGCAUGGCCCGCGUACAGUCAGCGCUCGGCGAAAUGAUGUCUUCAGCGAAGGGUACCAAAAACGGGAAUCGACGUCACACCGCCGUCCCACAGCCAGCGUCCGGUUUCAUGGACCUGUCCGGUUACGCUCUACAUCAGCGGUUGCGGACAGCGCCUGGCGCCGAAAUGUACGUGACCGGGAUGCGCGCCAAAGUGAUGCCACCACACGACGCCGCCACCGCGGAAUCAUCACCGAGCGGCGGCGACACAGGUGGCUUCAGUGGCGGCGCGGGUGGCGACCGUUCGUGGGCUCGAGUGGACGGGUGUCGUUAUGAUCCGCUGGAAAACACGCUCGAGGCACGCAUGCGGUUCGGCCGCACGUUGAUGGUGUCGGGCUCAGUGCGGCUAUUGUACGGUGGUGGCAGCGGCGGCGGUGGCGUCGGUGAAACCGGAUGUGACAUGACGCUACGUCUCAGGCCGCGGGCCGGUUUGGGAUUCACGGCCGCUCCGCUCACAGUGCCGGAAAAAUCGCCGCCCAACCGUCUGACGGCCAUGCCGACGAUGACCAUUCGUACCACGGCCACGUUCAUCGACCCCGAGCCCGUCAACGACCCAGCGGCCGCAUAUGUCAGCGUGCACUCUUACAAUUGCGUUGGCGGUGCGGCGGGUUUGCCCGGCAACAGGGAACGGCCAGUCGCGACGGCCGCUUCUUCCGACCGUUACGAACAGUUCUUGUCAUCCGAAUUGGGCGGCGGUGUCAGCGACGAACUGUUGCUGUCGGCCGGCGGAGACCAUGACGUGGACGUGGACGACAGUGCCGCAGAGUCUGGCGGUUCCAGUGACGAGCGUAGCGGUCGACGUCCAUCGCAGCCGCCGUCGCCGUCGUCGUCGUCGGCAUCCGACGAAACCGCACCCUCCGAAAACCCUUCCGUUAUCGACAACUUCCCCUUCGUCUCGGCCGGCUUCGUCAACCCUCCGGCACCCAGCCCGGAACCCAGGCUCCGCAGGAUACAGUAUCACAACAAACUACCCCAGCACCCGCUGUUGACCAUCGCCACUGGUCCUGCUGCGACCAACAAUCCGCAUCACCAGCAGGCACAGGACCAACUCCUCAUGGAAAUGGAAGACGUUUUCGUUCGCGGCGUUCGGUCCCUGUUGGCCAAACACAUGGAGCGCACCCUGAAACCCGUUUUGAAGGAUUCACUCAUGGCCAACAUGGGGUACACAGUGUCUUACGGUUGACACAUUAUGGUGACAUUACUCUAUAUUCAUGCUCUGUAAAUUACUCGAAUUUUGAAUUUUUUUUUUUUUGUUUUUGUUUUAUUUAAUAUAAAUCAUAAUUUAUAACCGGUUAGUGUCCACA